CAAAGAGAAUGUUCGGCUGCACGAGGAUCUUCCCUUAGCAACCGUGGAUAAACAUGAGUUACUACAGCAUGAGACCCUCAAGCUCUGCCAGCUUCUCCUCUAACUCAACGGCAAGUGGCAUCGAAGAUGACAGUGCCAGUCUUAUGCAACAGAAGCUGGAAAAACAGAGGGCACUGCUGGAGCAGAAGCAGCGGAGGAAGCGCCAGGAACCGCUGAUGGUGCAGCCCAACACAGAGGUUCGGCCCCGGCGCUCCAGGAUGCGGCGUGGUGAGGAGCAGGCCCCUCUGGUAGAGCCUCAAGUCAGCAUCACCAACAAUGUCAACAUGGACGGUAUCGAUGGCCCAGCAGCUUUCUUGGGCUCCGAAGCCCCUGAUCUGGGAAUAAAAAUCCUGUCAGUAAGCCAGUCCCAGUCCCAGUCCCAGUCCCAGUACCAAUCACAGUCCCAGUUCCAGUUCCCGUCACAGCCUCAGUCUCAGCCCCAGUCCCCUGUUGCUGAGGAGCCGGAGAGAGAUGGAGACACUGAAACGCUUCUAGAACCCAAGACAGAUAUCCACGAAUUACUCCAGAAACAAGGUCUGUCUGGCAGUAUGAACUUCGAUGAAGACAGCGAGCAUGACGACGAUGAGGACGAAGAACGAACACGUUCUCUGUCCCCCAACGCAGACAACACCAGACCAGCUUCUGCCGCCAGUGGCAAGGACACUCCAGAGGUGUCGACCCCCGGAUCACCCACAGCAGAGAGCUCACUCAUUGAUGUGUCCAAUCUAGAGGAGUUUGUCGUGCGUCCGGCUCCUCGCGGUGUCACCGUUAAAUGUCGAAUCACCCGGGACAAGAAGGGCAUGGACCGCGGCCUCUACCCGACCUACUUCAUGCACAUGGAGAGAGAGGAUGGAAAGAGAAUCUUUUUGCUGGCAGGAAGGAAGAGAAAGAAGAGUAAGACGUCCAACUACCUUAUUUCAGUGGAUGCCACUGAUCUGUCCCGAGAGGGAGAGAGCUUCAUAGGAAAACUGAGGUCCAACCUCAUGGGCACCAAAUUCACAGUGUACGACAACGGCACCAAUCCCUGCAAAAACCCCGGGACACUGCUGGAGGAGAGCAACACACGGCAGGAAAUGGCUGCCAUCUGCUACGAGACCAACGUGCUGGGAUUCAAAGGACCACGUAAGAUGACCGUAAUCAUCCCGGGCAUGAACAUGAGCUUUGAAAGAGUCCCCGUAAGGCCUCAAAAUGAGCAGGAGAGCCUCCUGAGCAGGUGGCAGAAUCACUCACUGGACAACCUGAUCGAGUUGCACAAUAAAGCCCCCGUGUGGAACGACGACACCCAGUCGUACGUUCUGAACUUCCACGGCCGCGUCACUCAAGCUUCAGUCAAAAACUUCCAAAUAGUUCACGACAACGACCCUGACUACAUCGUCAUGCAGUUUGGCAGAGUGGCUGAAGACAUCUUCACUCUGGACUACAACUAUCCCAUGUGCGCCCUUCAGGCCUUCGCCAUUGGCCUGUCGAGCUUUGACAGCAAGUUGGCCUGCGAAUGAACCGCCUGUUUUCUUUUUUUUUUUUU